UCAGUACAAAUAACACAAGUGUCUGAGUGAAUACUGCUGCCGCAUUGCCACGCCAUUUCAGAGGCCAAUAGCAGCAAAAGAGGAGGGUUUAGUGUUUAGUUUGGGCACACACAGGCUAUUCCCUUUCACCCCAUGUGUAUUUUAUAAACGCAUAACUGAGCUUACGAGGCAAAUAAAGCGGAGGAAUUUACAUGGCGAUCUUGCAACAUGGGUUUAGCCCUGUUUUAGCAUAGUUUGUUGUACCAACAUCGUACCACAGAAGUUGCAGGCUCUAUGAUCUACCAACUAAAAGGGUGGAACGUGACAUCCAAGUUUUAAAGCCCAGCCCCUACUGGCACUGCUGUCCACUCCUGUUGACGUCAAGCCUUGCUCAAAUACAAAUGAGUAUAUUGUUUGUCCUCACUGGCAGUGAAAUAUCUCCUUUCCAAAUCCUUGUCAAGUUUUCCAGCAGGAUUCAGUUUCUGGAAACAGUGGCAGGAUCUUUAAAGUGAGUAGGGAAAGAGGACUGAUCACCUGGACAUUAAAUAAGCUACUUCAGAAACAGAAUAACUCAGUUUAUAUGUCACAGCAAACCGUCCCCAUACUACUGAUUACCCAACCGUUCAGACUUCUGCCUUGACCCUAGCUGCACAGAUGAAAUGAAGCCACGACCCCUCACCCACAUGUCCUUUCACAACCUCACCCCAUACUUCUAAGCUGUUUUUGCCCUUUGCUCCCAUCAGUGUUUGUCUUUCUUUCUCACCAUGAUCUAUGUUUGAUUUAGACAUGUGCUGCUAGUAGCACAUCCACUCAGUUAGCUUUCAUCUUGCAUUCUUUGCUGUUUUUUUUCCUUUUAACUCUUCAUUUCCGUUUUGUCUCCUAAGCUUUUUGGGUUUAAUUUCUUUCCCAUUCCCUCCCUCUCUGUGUGUGCUUCAUGGUGGCACUAUGUUUUAGACCUACCCUGCUGUGGACAAUGAGAUCUCUGUGCCGCUGAGGCUGAUAGAAAGUGUGGAAAGCAGAGAAAUGUUCCAGCUGCACAUCAUCUGCAAAGACUCCAAAGUUGUCAGAUGCCACUUUGCAACAUUCAAGCAGUGCCAGGAGUGGGUGAAGCGCCUGAACUGGGCCAUAGCCCACCCAUCCCGCCUGGAGGACCUGUUUGCCCUGGCCUAUCAUGCUUGGUGUCUUGGAGCCAGCGCAGAUGAUGAAGACCAGCACGUUCACCUCUGUCGCCCAGGGGACCAUGUGCGUCACAGAAUGGAAAUGGAGGUCAGGAGGAUGGGCUUCGACACGCAGAACGUUUGGAGAGUGUCUGACAUCAACUGCAACUACAAGUUGUGCUCCAGCUACCCGCAGAAGCUUCUGGUUCCAAUCUGGAUCACUGACAAAGAGCUGGAGAGUGUGGCUUCCUUCAGAUCCUGGAAGAGGAUCCCCGUGGUGGUUUACAGGCAUCAAAAGAACGGGGCAGUGAUAGCUCGCUGCAGCCAGCCUGAGAUCAGCUGGUGGGGCUGGAGGAACACGGAUGAUGAGUACCUAGUAACGUCCAUUGCUAAGGCCUGUCACAUGGACUCUGGAGCCAAGGGGACAGCAACUAGCCGCCAAAGAGGGGAGGCUCCCGACUCCUGUGAUAGUGAUUUUGACUCAUCGCUGACGGGCGGCUCCGGCUGUGAUGACAGCACUGUUCCACACAAGCUGUUGAUUCUGGACGCCCGCUCAUACACUGCUGCUGUGGCGAACAGAGCCAAGGGUGGAGGCUGUGAAUGCGAGGAGUACUACCCAAACUGUGAGGUGAUGUUUAUGGGAAUGGCCAACAUCCAUGCCAUCCGCAACAGCUUCCAGGCUCUGAGGGCUGUCUGCAGUCAGAUCCCAGAUCCAGGAAACUGGCUGUCGGCUCUUGAGAGCACCCGAUGGCUGCAGCACCUGUCGGUCAUGCUGAAGGCAGCCACUCUGGUGUGUGGUGCAGUGGAACGGGAAGGCCGGCCUGUCCUGGUACACUGUUCAGACGGCUGGGACCGCACUCCCCAGAUAGUAGCCCUGGCCAAAGUUCUUCUAGAUCCUUACUACAGGACGUUAGAGGGUUUUCAGGUGCUUGUGGAGACUGAGUGGUUGGACUAUGGCCAUAAAUUCGGGGACCGGUGUGGCCACCAGGAGAACAUGGAUGACGUGAGCGAGCAGUGUCCUGUCUUUCUGCAGUGGCUGGAUUGUGUUCACCAGCUGCUCAAGCAGUUCCCCUGCCUGUUUGAGUUCAAUGAGGCCUUCCUGGUCAAGUUGGUGCAGCACACCUACUCAUGUCUUUACGGCACAUUUCUGUGCAACAACGCUCGAGAGAGGGAAGCAAAGAACAUCUACAAACGCACCUGUUCUGUGUGGUCCCUGCUCCGCGCAGGAAACAAGAACUUCCAGAACUUCCUCUACGUUCCUGGCCUUGAUGUGGUGCUGCAGCCAGUCUGUCACACUCGUGCACUACAGCUGUGGACAGCUGUUUACCUGCCCACGUCAUCCCCCUGCACAGCUGUGGAUGAAUCUGUGGAGCUCUACCUUCCCCCAUGUGUGGCUGGAGAUGAGCUCACCUCCCGCUCACUGGACAGACUUCCCAAGACUCGCUCCAUGGACAACCUGCUGACAGCUCUUGAGAGCGGGCUGCCUCUGACUCGAACGUCCAGUGACCCUAAUCUGAAUAAGCACUGCCAGGAGCCCUCGGCACCAGAGCCCUCAGGUGCUGUAGAAGACACAUCUGCAGACAGCUCUGGGGAAGACAUACCUGAUGGGACUGAGGAGGUGCAUUCAGCUGAUCAUGGUCUGGACAAUAGUGGACCAGGGGCAGAGUGCUCUGAAGAGCCGUGUCUUACCACACAGCCCCUGCCGUCUCUACCCCUGCCCCCUGUCUCUGUUGGCAUGAAUGACUCACCCACACACUCAAACACUGCCUUUAGCACUCCUGUCCUCCACCAGGCUUCGCCUCAAAUCACAAACCUUCCACUUCCAUCACCUCCACUGGAGACUGAAAGUCCAAGUAGGACUGCUGAACCUUCCUCACCCACCCAUAAAUCAGAGCCAUGCUUACCUCUGCCUUGCAAAAAUACUCAACCUGCAACCAACACCUUCAUCUUACUGUCCAAUGGACAUGUUGAUGGCGAAGCCAGUGGGCCCCCACAGUCAUCCACCCUGCUGACAUUGAAACAGCGGGGAGGCAGCAUGGGCGACUCCACUGAGACUCUCACAGAUGAAGGAGACCUUCCCCCUGUCUCGCCUUCUCCAUUACCCCAGCAUCUUGCUCAGAGUGAUUUCAGUGAUGAGGAUCAGCCACAGAAAGAGGAGAACUUAAGGACAGAUCUGGUGAAGGGAAGAGGGAGGACAUUGACGGAUACAGCAGCUGCUGUGGACUCUGCACAGGUGCCCCCUCGCCAUCUGACCUCCCAGGGCCAGCUGUCAGACCUGCCUCUGCUGGGCCUUCCAUGGGACAGUGUCCAGGGUCUGGUCCAGUCCACCUGUAGUCAUUCUGCCGUCAUCCGAGCCCUUCACCCCAGCAACUACCAGAGCCGCCAGCUUGCAGGUAAACUCCUCCGCUCACAGGGCUUCGCUGCUGCCUCCGGGUCCCAGUGCUGCCGAAGGGAGGCUCUAUGUUGUUCCAGCGGCUCUCUGCAGGCUGGAUGGCUGGCUGCAGCUCGGAGUUCAAGCUACAACGGCCUCUGUGGCCCUGCAUUCAACAGCUACUCCCUGGCAGUCCACCAGCUCCUACCAGCAUCAUAUUCCUCACUAUCAGCUUCUAGCUCCCCUCCCCCACCCCAGACCCCAGCGUACCUUGAUGACGACGGUCUGCCAGUGCCAUUGGACGCUGUGCAGCAAAGGCUGCGACAGAUCGAGGCUGGCUACAAGCAGGAGGUGGAGGUGCUGCGGCAGCAGGUGCGGCAGCUGCAGAUGAGGCUGGAGAGUAAACAGUUAAGCAGCCCACCCUCCGAGCCAGACAUCGACUAUGAGGAUGAUAUCACGUGUCUGAGGGAGUCAGACAACAGCAACGAGGAGGACUCCCUGUCCACUCACAGCGAGGACCGUCUGUCUGAGGGCAGCUGGGAUCAAGUUGAACCCAAGGACACAGAAGUCACAAGGUGGGUCCCCGACCACAUGGCCUCGCAUUGCUUCAACUGUGACUGUGAGUUCUGGAUAGCCAAGAGGCGUCACCACUGCAGGAACUGUGGUAACGUGUUCUGUAAAGACUGUUGUCACCUAAAGCUGCCCAUCCCGGACCAGCAGCUGUACGACCCGGUCUUGGUAUGCAACACUUGCAACGACCUGCUCCUGGAGUCGCGCACCCGCGAGAUCCGCAGCCAGCAGCUCAAGAAGGCCAUUGCCACAGCAUCCAGCUGAGAGAUGCACGACGACACGCGACCCACCUCUGCUUUGUCCUGCUCGUUUCUAACCGACGAGCAGAGCAACCCGUUCGCAACCUCAACAUGCCAAUGUUUUGGCUACGAGGGGUAGGGUGAGCAAUGAGGAGGAGGAGACGUUUGUCUUUGCGGGUGCAGUUUUGAAACAUAGAUGCACUUGAGGUUAGCAGGAAGCGUAGGUGGGUGAUGAUGCUGGUCAGAUAUAUUUCAGCCUGGGGUACUGCAGCGUCCUGCUGCCCCCACACAGCCCAGUCCUCUGACGGCGUCCUGUCUCUGUCCACCCACCUUUGUCCUGAAAGAACAGCUGCACCAUUCUAGCAGACUCUGUCUCGCUCUUUAAAGGACAAUCGCUCAACCUUCAUGUGUCGAGGUCUCCAAUGCCUCCACCUCUACCACUGGAGGCAACUUUAAAAGAGGAGAAAAAAAUGCUGCUACAGUAUUUAAAAGUCUAAUUUUGUAUUUUUAUUUUGUGCACUACUAGUUGUUGUAUUUGAGGGAGACCAAACUUGAGCAAAAGGGAGAAAUCUUCUGUUUACUUUGCUAAUGCAUCUUAUUCCUUGGAGCCGGAAUGUAACGUGCUGGGAUGACUGGAUCGAUUUCUGUUCUCGCUGGAAUCAUUUAAAUGUUCGUUGCUGCAACGUGUUCUUAGACUUCUGUGUAUGCACAGUCAGUGUGGUUCUGUCUUUGUCAUUGCUUUGCUCCACUGCAACCAUGUUGCAACAUCAGACAUCUUGAAGACUGCUGCUUGUUUUCUGAGCCAGUUGUUGAGAGGAGAGUUAGGAGGGUGGCAGAGGGAGUCAGGACCUUCAAGGUGCUGGUGGCUUUCCAUGAUGUAUCCGAGGGAAUCUCUAAAGGUUGGUGCUGAGAAUCUAGUCUCAACAUGUCAGUGUCCAUCAGAUGUGAACUGGCAGUAGACUGAAAAGAAUACCCAGAUUUCUUUUUUUGUUCUGGUGGGGAUGUUGGCCACUACCCCUCCCCUAAUAAAUGUGUUUUGUGUCUACUGGUUGUUUCUUGAAUCAAUAGUGCCAUAUUUGGUUUUGCCUACUUUAAAAGCCUUUUUCUUUGUUCUGGAAAGCAGCAGGUUUCUAAUUGGCCACGUCUGUGUAUAAUUUAUUGGUGCAAAUAUUUAGCUGCUUAAUAACACAGAUUCAAAUUAGGAUUAACAAAUUGUUGAAUUAGAUAAAGACAAUGAUGGGAUAUAACUAUGUGAACCUUUGAGGUUAACCAUUGUGUAAUGCUUAGGAUGUUUUUUGCACGAUAUUGAUGAAGUCGAAAUUCUCAAGAUGAAACAAAUCUUUUACCAACCGUUAUCUGAUCAGUAGUGGUGGCUAAAACAUGUUACCUAAUAACUGUUGUAAAGAAAAUGCACUGUAAAACUGAAAUCCCAUGAGUUAAAAUAAACCAUCAUAUCAUC